UGUCAUCUGAAGUGAACAAUAUAAUACAUUGAAAGGAGACCAGUUUCACCUGUACACCAACUUGGAUUUAUAACCAGACAAGUUCUCAGUAAAUAACCAACAUGCUCACCAACAUAAUGAGUCUGCUUGUCUUGAUGUGUGUCGUGUCCGUGCUAGGCAGCACAAUGCCUUGUCCUAGUGACCAAUGUCGUUGUGAGAAAGGAACACGCGCUAGAGGGCGUAUCAUCAACUGUCGCGCGAGAGGCUUGUCCCAGAUCCCUCGAUUUGAACCUUCCGACGAAAUGUUUUACGAACUCACGCUUGCAAAUACAGUGGGGUGUUCCGAGUGUAACAAUAUCACGGUCAUUCCUCCGGGAGCCUUCGGCGGGCUGAAGUUCAAGAUCCUGGAUCUAAGCGGUAACAAGAUUAGACAUGUGUCUUCGGAGGCUUUUUCAAGUCUUGUGCCAAUGCUGUCUGAAAUUUCUAUAGAGGGCGACGGCCGGUACCCACCGCCUUAUCAAGAGCUGUCCGUUUUGACCAAUCUUAAGACGCUCACUCUACAAAACUUUAACCAGCUGUAUAUGAACCGAGAAAACACAGAUCUUCAAAAUUUGUUAAAUUUGGAGGAACUUCAUCUUAAAAACAUGGAAAUAUCGCAUAUUUCUGAAAAUGUUUUCCAAAACCGUUUACCAAAACUUAAACAUCUUCAGCUGGCAUUCCUUCCCUUGGUAACCUUACCUGCUUUCAGUUUACGUCACCUGACAAAACUAGAAGUAUUCCGUGCUAUAAGUGUGGGUAUAACAGAAAUCCCCUACAAGGCAUUUUCCGGGUUUGUAAACCUUAAAGAAUUAGAUCUUUCCCACAACGAAAUAAAAAGUAUGGUACCUGGAUGUUUCGAUGGCAUAGAAGAGUCUUUGGAAUACCUCGGACUUCAUCUGAAUAAAUUGAAUGAGAAAAACGUCGGACCUUUGGCAGCUGCGGGAUGGACCAAUUUGAGACAAUUGAAUCUCGGUCACAAUAAAAUGACAAGUGUGCCCGUCGGACUAUUUUUUAACAUGAACGCACUUGAAUAUCUUAACCUGGAUUCGAACCAGAUCGCCUCGUUGAAACCCAGUACGUUUCAGGGCUUGCAGUCUCUUGAUUACAUGGACCUUUCCUACAACAAACUGUCUUCGCUGUCUAACGGUGCGUUCCUUCACACUCCGAAACUGACACAGCUCGAUAUUAGGGGGGAGGACACGCCCAUUUUCAAUCUUUCACGACAAGGUAUUCAGGGACUCGAGAACACGCUCAAAGACCUUAUACUAACAGACACCGUUGUUUACGAGCAAGAAAUGUGGCGGGCUGUCUCUGGGCUUAGUCGCCUUCAAGACUUAAAGUUGGGCGGAACAAAGAUCACCGCAAUUCCAGAUUAUCAGUUCAUCAACAACCGGAACAUGGUCACCUUAAUGCUCGACAGAAAUAGCAUCACUGAGUUGUCACAGAAAACAUUCCACGGUUUGGCUGGAACAUUGAAGACCAUGAAUCUCCAAGGUAAUGCCAUCCAAACUAUAAGCAAAUGUGUGUUAACAUCUUUAACAAACCUCGAAAUGCUUUAUCUUGGCAAAAAUCCUCUGAAAUGUGACUGUAACACUGUAUCCCUCAAGGACUGGAUUAUAUCUAGGAUAAGUAAAAAUUUCAUAUUUCAGUAUAUGGUAGACGCGGUGUGUCGAUCACCAUCCACAAUCCAUGGUCGUGAUCUGUGGACACUUGAUAACGACCAGCUGACAUGUGACACGGAACAGGUGAUCUCUAAGUGCGAAACGUUACCGGACGUAAUAACAACGACGGAGAUGCCGAUGACCAGAGUUUCCCCUAGUGUAGACACUGAUGUAAACUCUCUCUUCAGUUUCACACGACUCGUUGAAACUCAAAGCACGGUCGAAAUUGACUGGUCUUUUCUAGAUGAUAGAAUGGUUUCUGGAUCCAAACUAGAGCACCAGCUUCUUGGACAGACUUCUGAAAACACGGUUAUUGAUUUGUCGCCAUCGUUGAAAAACUACGUCAUUUCCGGUUUACGUCCGGAUUCGAACUACUUGGUUUGCCUAAGUGUUGUGCCAAGAAGCAUGCGGUUACCUUCAUUAGGGCCCAGAAAAGUUUGUGUCGCUGUCAAAACACUUCCAUGAAUAUUUUAACGAAUUCAAAACCUGUACACUGUACUCAUUCCUUUUGUCAACAUCGCAGUCAUAUUGUUUGUGUUUUAAUCAUGAUUGGGGCCAAAUUGGAAAUAAUGAUGGGUACAAUGUUGUUUUAUUAUAAUCGAAUCUCUAUCUCGUCUGCCAAUGAACGAACACCUUUUUAUGGCGUGAGUAAUGUAAAUUAGUAUAUAGAAAGUUCAAUGAAAAGUACUAUUUAAGAUGAUGUGAUGUUUUUACAUUUUUUACUACAUGACCAAAGGAUCGCCAAGUACGACAGAUUAUGAAUGGUACAAGGGAGAUAACUCGUCAAUUCUCUUAUAGAUAAAGAAAUACAUUCCAUACAACGAAUGUCGGAUUUCGCCAUGAUUACGUGUUUGUAUACGAUAUUUAUGAAAUGUAUUUCAUGCCGAUUUAUGAGGACCUUUACAAGUAACUGUUUUCCAUAUCUGUGAAAUCCAUUUGAGAUUUUUUUUUUGUUUGUACAAAGUGUGUAUAUGUUUGAUAAAUGAUAUCAUGUUUUGUUGUUUUACAUCGCGACCUGUUGCGAGGUGCUUUUAGCAUUUCUAAAUUGCCUUUUUCUUAAUCGUACACAUAUACGUAUGAUACAGAUUUCAUAAUAGGAAGUAAUCUUCGAUAUUACACAUAAAGAAGUAUGACUCAUUGAUAUAUUAAGAAAUUAUCGUUUAUGGCUUGUGGUAUAUAUUGCAAUAUUAAUUGGUCGCCACCUUGUGCUCUAGUCGUUCAUGCAUUUGUGAAAUCAGUUAUGUAUAGAUAUGAUAUUGAUAUUAUUUGUGUAUAAUAUUUUUUAUUUUGUUAUGAAAUUUAAACUUUGUUUUCAAUAAAAUAAGCAAAAGUGCUGUUAACGUUAA